UUCUUUAAUGGUGGGUCUCAUCCUAACGACAUUUUAGAUAUUUGGCAUUGCGACCUGGAUGGAUCACAUAAUGGUGAUGUUGUUACAGCCUUGUCUACUGAAAUCGAUGAAAUCAAACGUGACCUGACUUUGGUUGAAGUCGAAAACAAUCAAAUAAAAAAAGACCUCAAACGAACUAAAUUACAACUUGAAGAUGUUCGAAAUAACUUUGCUCAUUAUAAGCGUAACACCCCACCAAAAAGAAAUUUAGCUUUCAAACAUAUAAGGGUAUUUGUAACCUAUGCUGAUGACAGUAAAAAACACUUACAAAAGGUGUUAAAUCUAUGUCGAUGUCUGGACAAAAAUAGUUUCAGCUGCUGUUUGGAUGUGUUUGACAAACGAAUGCCACAGGAGCAUAUGUUAAACAGACAAGGCUGGUGUGCUCAUCAGUACAAUGAGGCUGAUUUCAUUAUUAUGUGUGUGUCGGAGCAGUACAAAACAGAAAUUGAUAUGUAUGAAUGUGAAAGUCAAAUAGACGACAAGGAACUACACAUUCAGUUUAUUUAUAGCCUCAUGUUGGCUGAACUUAAACAGAACGGAAAUAAAAACUCCAGAGUUAUUCCCCUUUUGUUUAAGGGUUGCACUGAAGUUAAUAUUCCACAAUGGUUGGAACACACGUAUGUUUAUACUUGGCCAGGGCAGUACAGAGACUUGUUAUGGUGUCUAACAAAACCACACACAAGGAUAAAACUACAAUCACAGCGAAAUCAUAGCACGUCUACGUCACAUGUUAACGGACCACACAGUAUAUAGUAUACAGUAGUUAAAAAGUGUCAUUGUUAUUUAUUUAAUUGCACAGAUUUCUGUAUGAUUUUCUUAUUUCUAAGUGUCUUUUGUAUUGCUUUUAUCGUCUCACCGUGAAUACAGGAUUCAAAUCGGUGGCAAAUAAUAUUUCAAAAAGUAUAUAUUUGUAGGGCUAUUGCUGAUGUAAGGCAAACAAAAAAACCCAGAAAAAACACAAGGUAAAACACUUUUGAUAUUGAUCAUUUCAAUGUGUUGUUCACUUGAAUCCACGAAAUUAAGACACGAA